CAUAACGUUCAUAAAAGCUUCAUAUUUCGUCCCGCCAGUUCUGUCAAACCUGCCUGAGAAAUCGGUUAUGUCAUAACUUAUUCAUACCUAUCAAAAGUAACUUGAAAGAUCAGCCUGAAAUUUAGCAGUCCUAUCCUACUCUUCCUUAUUCCAUACGUUUACCAAAAUACCAGCGAAUUGAUUCCCUCGGUUGCCGGUAACGAAUCCACCACGCAGAAUGAUCACGCUUCGAGAACAACGUCAAGUCGGGAUCUUAUUCACGGGGUUCGCUCUCGGAAUCACCUCCUCAGCCCUCAUAAACUGGUCACGAAAACACCCAAAAAACAGGAACGUCAUACUUCAGCUCUAUUCCAUCCUCCUCUCCGCCGUCGCCAACAUUCUCAUGUUUAUCAUUGCCCACGAGAUCCUUAACGAUCGGUACGGUAAACCAGCAACAAUUGCAUCCUUCCUGGCCAACAAUUGUAGCGACUUUCAGCAGUACUUUUUGACUUACUUUUCCGUGAUCCGAUUCGAAUCACUCAUUUACCCACGCAACCGGCGGGCAACGUGGGGGAUUAGAUCGUGGGCAUUCCUCAUAGUUGCGCUUUACUUUAUCGACCACCUGAUGACGUACAUUGCAAUGGCGAAAUGCAACAUGGAAAACGUUGCGACUUUUAUCCAAAGUUACUACUUCAACAGUAUCGGUAAAUCCUCCGCGAUGGCCGGAUUGUUCCUCUACCUCGUCAUGGUCCUCGUGGUGGACAUCUGGCUCAUCGUCAAGAUUCGAGACUCGCAAAAAACGUUGACAAAGGGUGUCAACCUCCAAGCAAGCCAUACUCAAAUCGCUAUUAUAAUCAUGUGUGUUGUGGUGAAGCUCGCCGAAUCCGCUUUCAAGCUGGUGAGCGUACUCACCACCUAUGGCGCGCUGGACUCGUACAUCCGGGGCAUCACCUGCGCGAUCGAGAUUUGGUCCAUUACCGAGCUUGGCGUUACGGUGGAGGAGAUUAUGAAAGUUAAGCGUCCCGGACAGUCGAGCGAUCCUCCUAGUCAAGAAACGCGGGAAGGAGCUUUAGCGGAUGACCCGACCAAUAUCCGCAGGAACACACACAAGUCCCCGGCUUGAGGUCCCCGAUGCUCAAGUAGAUAUUAUUGAGCUGGAAGAAUUAGAAUUCCCUUUUGGAGAUGAGAUGCGCUUACAAUUAUGUUUGCAGCGCAUCAUGCAUUAAUCAGAUUGAUGUUCAGUGUUAAUUUUGUCAAGUACUUGCAUUGUCGAGUGGUGAUAGAAAAGCAGGCAGG